AUGAAAAAGAAUGAGAAGGUCAAUGACUUCUGUGAAAGAUUUGACCAGAUCAUUAGAGAAUAUGAUUCUUGCGGAGAUGGAGAAAAAUUAACUGAGCAAGAGAUUAGAUCAGCUUUUUAUCAAGCUAUAACCCCUGUAACUCCUCAACUAAUGUUCGCAGAUUUUCUUAAGAUAUCUCAGUCAAAAGAGAUGAUGACAUUAAAUGAAAUGAAAUCUUUUAUUCUACAGUUAGAAGCAGAAAAAAAGACCGGAGAUGGAGAUGAUACUGUUAAAGCACAGAUAGCAAAAUUUGACAGCAAGACAAGAUGUUACAGAUGUGCUAAGACUGGACGUAGAAUCGAGGACUGUCCAUUGUCAAAAGACUUGUGGUUUUGCUAUUUUUGCCAGGACAUUAAAAAUCAAAAAGGUGCAGAAUGCAAGGAAGGAAGACUCAAAAGUAAGAUUUUGAAUAAUGAUAAUAUAAAAUCUAGAGGUAAAGUAGAUAGACGAGGUUUUAUUAAAGAUAGAAAUAAUGUGAAUUCUAAGCCAUAUAAUAAUGAUAGACGUUUUAAGAAUUGUAAUAAGAAUAAUCAACAGUCAGCUCAAAAUGCACCUAAACGGGACAGUAGAAGUGCAAAAAGAGUGACUGAUGAAAGACAAGAUGACACCGAUGAAUCAGAAGUAGAUUUACAAAGGAAGGAGGGAGAUUCAGAAAACAUAGAGGUCAAGGAUUCUUCAAUUAGGAAUGAGGAAGAAGUUACAACACCUCCAGAAAUAGAACAACAUCCUGAAAAUCCAGAUGAUGACAUGUUUAAUUGGGAUUCUAGUUUAAUAACUGAAAAUACAAUUAAGUUAGAUGACAUCGAGAGCAUCAAGAAUUUAGAAGAGCUAUUCACAUCAAAUCCAUUAGAGCAAGGGACAACAGAGUCAAGUAAAAUAAAUGAAGCUAUGUUAUGGCAUGUAAGACUUGGUCAUGCUUCAUUAAAUUAUCUCAAGAAGUUACAGAAAGUAUACAGUAAAUUAGAAAAAGUUAGAUUUGAUGAUUCAAUUCUAGAUUGUGAAAUAUGUAUUAUGUCAAAGAUGCAAAAAUUACCAUUUAAAGAAGUUAGAAGACGAGCAUCAAGACCAUUACAAAUAAUACAUACGGACACGAUGGGUCCAAUAAAACAAACUUCACACCCAGGACACAAAAGAUUUAUAAAUGUGUACAUAGAUGAUUACUACAGAUUAGCUAGAGCAUACCCAGUAAAGACUAAAGAUGAAUCAGGAGAAACAUUAGAAAAAUUUCUAAUAUCUACAAGAAAUUUAGUCGGCAAAGAUGAAAAAGUAUGA